UGAAUAUUAUUUAAGCAAUUAUGUCACAAUCAGUUUAUUACGACGAAGUGGAAAUCGACGAUUUUGAAUACGACCAGGACGAGGAAAUUUAUUAUUACCCCUGUCCGUGCGGCGAUCAAUUUCAGAUAUCUCUUAUUGAAUUGGCUGCCGGUGAAGUAGAGGUUACGUGUCCUUCUUGUUCCCUUAUGAUCAAAGUAAUCUACGAUAGGGAAGUAUUUCGUGCUAAACAAGAAGAAUUCGAGAAGAAAAACGGAAAGAAGAUAUUAACGGCACAAAAAGUUUAAGGAUAUAAAGUAAUAGUCAGAAUGGCAGGACGUAGUAGAGGAAAGCCUGCCAUGUCGUUUUCCAUGGAGC